UUGUAGCAAAAAUAGAAGAAAAAGGGGGUUUUAUGUAAAACUGGUUGCUGUCUUAGGAGGGCUUUUUAUUUAUUACGCGGUGCUUGUCGUUAUUUACACUCCAAUAAUGUUUACGAGAGGAUGUUUCUACAAAUCAAAACAGGCUUACCAGACUCUAAGAAUGGGGAAUUUGACAUCGGCAUCGCCUGGGUUGUCAAGCUCAGCAUGUACUCAGUUUGUCCAGGAGGUUGUGUCCAGUAACUGUGUUGUGAUAUUCUCCAAAACCACGUGCCCAUACUGCAAGAUGGCGAAGAAUGUAUUUAAAGAGAUCGGAGCUGCAUAUAAAGUUGUUGAACUGGAUCAGCACAAUGAUGGUGGACGUCUCCAGGAGACCUUAGCACAAAUGACAGGUGCCAGAACAGUACCAAGAGUCUUUAUUAACGGGCAGUGCAUUGGAGGAGGCACAGAUACAAAGCAGCUCCACCA